AUGCGGCGGAGGGGCAAGUUUCCACUUUGCGCUUGGGUGGUGCUGGCGGUGUCGGCUAGCACGGUUUUCACCUCUUUGCGCACACCGCACGUUCUCCGACGAGCUUUGCCGGAGAACUUUGAAGAGACGCCUGAGUACAAGGCGUUCGCCAGGCAGCACCUGGUGAAUGAGGAUCAACUCUUUCGUGAAAGUUCGUUUCCGAUUUCUCCCAAGGAGUUGCUGCACCUCACCAAAGUUUUCCUGGUCACGGAGGCUGGAGAUUCGGGAUGCGGCCCGGGCUUUGUUGGCCAUCCUGCCAUUUUUUGGGGGGAUGGAAUGGGCACGAAGAAAAUGGAUGGCAUAGGGCUCAUCGCAGCUACGCGAGUGGCCAACGAAAAUACCGCCCUUUCGGUCCCUUUCGGUCCCUUUCGGUCCAUGCCUCGCUUCGAGAUUCCUGGGGAUCCCAUCAAAGUAGUCUAUGGCUAUGAGGAUUGCCUUGGCCUUGACCUUCCCAGUGUCUUCCUGCAGGUCUACGACAAUCGUCUCACGUACAGUGGCAACGCCUCUCAGGAGGUGAACAAGGUCACUGAAAAGGUGGGUUUUAGAGAUGGUGGAGGUUGCUAUUUUGGGCUGCACACUGGCAAGAUGGGCUUUGGCCCUGAGGUGGAUGAUGAGACCAUGGUGGUGUAUCUGAAGCGUUUUGGAGUCACAGAGGUGCAGAUUGAGCUCUGCCUUUGGAGUUGCCAAACACGCAUGUUGCCAGCAGCCUUGAUCGAGCUCGUGCAGAUGCAUGCCCGAUGUGCCACAAGCCGGCCGGCAAAAGAUGCAGCAAGUGUGGGGAUGUGCGUGACUGCGAUGCUGCUACCGGAAAAGGAAAAACUGCCUCGCAUCAUCCAUGUUGAGCUGGAAAAGCACUAUGAUUGGGAUGACACGGAGUACUUCGAGCCAGUUUGGGGACCAAUUUUUGGAGCAAACUACUCUGAAAGCAUUCGCAGUAGUCUUUUGCCAGGGCUCCCUAUGGACUACCGGACCCAGCCCAUUCAUUUGCACGGUCGAAUGGGCUUCUUGAGUGAUGGAUCAGCAGACAAUGCUUGUGUGGCCAACCUGUUUGGAGCUGCAAUCGCGGCCUCUUGGAGGGGGCCUUUGGUGGCAUUGAAGUCCAGACCCAGGCCGGGAAACUCUGGACCUGCCGAUCCAGACUAUGUCGACCUUGGAAUGGCGGACGCUCAUGAUGUCUAUGAGCUGAUUCGGCAGUACAGUCUAGCUCCAGAGAAGAUUUUUCCCAGCGAUGGCAUGCUGCUGGCAGAUGACUUUCGAUUCGUUGGUCCAUACAUUGGACCGUUAGAUAAGCAGGCGUUUUAUGGGCAGCGAGACACCAUGGAUUUUUUCCAAUGCUUCCCAGAUGCAUCGGCCCAGUUUCAUGACUUUAGGGUGGAUCCUUUCGAACCGAAUCGGGUCUGGUGGACCGUCCGGGGCAAUGGAACUCAUACGGGGCAAGCUGUGCCAGGCAGCGACGCGGAACUGGUUUUUGGCGACCCCACGGGGAUUCAGUUUGAGAAUCCUCCGCAGGCUUGUAGUUUGACCUUCAACGAGAAAGGCCAAGUGACAAAGUUCACCAUUGGCUACGUGAGACCUGGCUAUUUGCUUCAGGGAUGCUACUUGAUGGAUCGCAUGGUGGGCAACACUGGUGGCCUUGGUGGUUUCUUUGGCGUUCUGUGGCGCAUCGGCAAGGGCUUUCCCUUCUCGGAGGGCCAGCCCUACCAGCCCUCCUCGGGCUAUCGGAUCUUCGCACAGGUGAAUCGGCUCUUUGCAGAGCUGCGGAUUCUGCUGGCUAAGGACGAGAAAGAGAAGCAGCGCUUGCGUGAAGCCAUGAUUGAUGUGCCAGCCGGCAACUUGGAGGCCCAUUGA